GUGAAGCGAUGGUGAUGGUAUUAGGGAUACAACCAUAGAGACAUACAGGUUCAUCUUUCUCUCCCAGUCCCUUGCAGCAUCAGCAGCAGCACUAUAUAACACGAGCAUCCGUCGGCGCAGCCACAUUACAGUCCAUUCACCGGACCUCACACUUCAGGAGGGGCAUGCCAGAGUCAUAACAAGAUCAUUCUGCAAAACAUAGAUUUCCAAUAUGACUAAAUCCUACACGGAACAGACCAUGAUGUCAUCAGAACCCCAGGAUUCUGCGACCUGGACUGACGAAUGUCAGCGCUCCCAGGACGAACAGGAUAUGGAGAAGAAGAACGGCGCGCUUGAGUCCAUGCACGGGGCCCUCGAGGAUGACGACGAAGAUGGGUUAAACAGACUGGAUGAGGAUGAUGAUGAGGAGGAAGAGGAAGAGGAGGAAGAGGAAGGCGACGAUCAAAAGCCUAAACGUCGUGGACCAAAAAAGAAGAAAAUGACAAAAGCCAGGAUGCAGAGGUUUAAGAUGAGGCGCCACAAGGCGAACGCGCGGGAAAGGAAUCGUAUGCACGGACUCAACGACGCGCUGGAGAGUUUGCGUAAAGUUGUGCCAUGUUACUCCAAAACCCAAAAGCUCUCAAAAAUCGAGACUCUGCGGCUGGCUAAAAACUACAUCUGGGCCCUGUCAGAGAUCCUGCGGUCAGGGAAAAGCCCAGACGUCAUAUCAUUUGUCCAGGCCUUGUGUAGGGGCUUGUCACAGCCCACUACUAACCUAGUGGCAGGCUGUCUCCAGCUCAACCCCAGAACUUUGCUCCCGGAGCAGACACAGGAGAUACCAUCUCAUAUGCAACCAGCAAGUGCUUCCUUCGCCGCGCAUCCAUACUCCUACCAGACCCCGGGUCUUCCCAGCCCUCCAUAUGGUACAAUGGACAGCUCCCACGUCUUCCACGUCAAGCCCCAUUCAUACGGAAGCGCGCUGGAGCCAUUCUUUGAGACCGCGCUGCCGCUUACAGACUGCACUAGUCCAUCAUUCGACGGACCCUUAAGCCCACCACUGAGUGUCAACGGGAACUUUUCCUUCAAACACGAGCCUUCGUCAGAGUUCGAAAAGAACUACGCCUUUACCAUGCACUACCAGGCUGCUGCGGGACUGGCAGGUCCACAGGGACACGCGUCCCUUUACCCGAGCUCUGCGCCGCGGUGUGAGAUACCGAUGGAAAACAUUAUGUCGUACGAAGGACACACUCAUCACGAGAGAGUCAUGAAUGCUCAGCUUAACGCUAUAUUUCAUGAAUCGUAAAUACAUUGAACGUGCAUCAAAGACUGACAAGCGCGCGUCAUGAUAUGGUAUCCUCUUGCCACUGAUGCAAAAUAGCAAUUAUAAUCCGCUUGUAUGUAUUUAUUGUUGUUACUGCCUUUAGAAGUGCGGAUGCAUAUGCAUAUUCUUUUUCACCUAAUGUACUGUAUUGUAUUCGCUUCUACAUUAUGGUACAGGUCACGUUGUGGAAAUAGUGGUGACCAUACUGAGAAUGUGUUGAUUAUCCAUGUUACAAAAUCACAAGCAAUAAUUUGGAAAACUAUGCAAUUUAUAAACAAAUACUUGGGACAAUAAAAAAAAUAUUAUAAAUAUUUCUAUAUUUUUCAACCUGCAUUUUCCAACUGAUCUAUCCUAUCCUGAGUAAUUUUGUUGUGAUUUUGUACAGCAUUAUUCAUUAUUAGUUCCUAUUUCAUUUCAUGUUACUCCAUGCUAUGUUUUAUAAAAUAGUUAUGUCAUGUUUAUAUGAUGCAACCGUUUUAUGAAAGAUCAUUAUCUAUACAGAGGCAAGUGCUCAUACUCUGUUGCCUUAGCGAUUAUUUACUGCAAUUCGUGCAAAGCUGCACAAUAUUGAACAUUUUAUUUUCCCCCAAAACAUAGCCUAUCUUGGCUACUUAACAAUCAGGAAUGUUAUAUCGCUGAAUAGGGGAUACUUACUUGCAAAGUAGCCUAAAUACCUUGAUUGUGUAUAAAAAGCUUAACUAUCACCUGAAAAUACUCAUUGUAUAAAACUAAUGCUUUAUUAUUUCAUAUAAAACAUGUACAUUGACGUGGGCCAUACCCCAUGCGAAAUCAUCUGCAGCACAUUUUGGAACAAACCAGGAACCAUCUCAUUGUGCCAUUGCAUGAAUGUGCAAAUCAGUGAAGAAGAGCCAUUUGCAGCAUCUGAUGCUCAAAUUCAAUGUGUGUUGUAUAUCGUUUGUAAACAUUUUACAAUGUAGGUAGGUGGGUGUUAGAGCCCAUUAGAGGACCGCGUGGCAUUAAAUUACUCAUAAUAUGUUCGUUACUUAUCCUAUAUUUUAUUUCGAAGGUUUAAACGUUUAAUUCUCUCCCAAUGUGAUUCAAGUGUACAUAAUUGCGUUGAGAUAAAUGUAUAAUGCAUAUCUCAUGAGGAGCACUCAAUUAUUUAUAUAAUAAAGUGAAUGAGUAGCCUACAAUUUC